CUCUCUUGUCUCUGACUCUGUCUCACUCACUCACUUCUUUAUCAGUUUCUUAACAAAUACCCAAAACCAACCUCUCUUUUUCCAUUCCUUCAAUGGACAAAAGCCUCUCCUUUUGAUUCUCUUUUCAAAACCCAACCGAACCAAUUCAAAAUCCUUGCUUUCAUACAAUGUCGAUCACCCUAGGAGCCAUAGCAGCUUCCAGGAGGCCAAAAUGGCAGUACCCACCUCCGCCGCCGACCCCGAGAAUCCUCCACUUUCCGCGCAGGCCACGCCGGAAAACUCAGAAGGCGGUCGCCGGAAAACCCAGUUCGUCGGAGGCCAAGAAGGACCGGAAAGGCAAGCUGGAGACUUUGUUCGACCAAGAACGAGCUUUCACGAAGAAUAGAAUUCCGAUUGUGUUGUUGGGCCAUGCAGGAGGGGAAGUGGUGGAAGGUAGUGAGAGGAGGAGAGAGAGAGUUGAGGAGAGAGAGAUUAAUGGUGGCGGUGUUGGGUUGGGGUUGGAGGAGGAGAAAUGGCGGUUUCAGGCGGAGAUGUUGAGAGCAGAGUGUAAUUUGUUGAGAAUGGAGAAGGAGAUAGCCGUUAAGAAAUUGGAGAGGACUCGAGUUAAGGUUGAAAGGACUCUAAGAUCAGCUAUUCAGGCUCUUGUCUCUGAGAAAAACAAGAUAAGUGAAGCUAACAACUUAGAAGAAGAGAUUCAAAAUUUUGCUGAGAAACUAGAGAAGCUCAGAAGAAACUUAGAAGUGAAGAGUUUCAAAACUCGAAAACACAACAAUUUCGAUAACCAAUCGGCUCUUCUUCUUCAAAGACAGUUGAAGAUGUUUAGGGGAACAUCAGAUGAGAUUUGUGUGAAAAAGAUCCAAGAGAUGGCAGAAGUGAGCAUGUCCCUAAAAUCAUCAAAUUCUAGAGUCAAUGAGAGUUUAGUUUCAAGUGACAACUCCAAUGUGGAGAUAUUGAGAAAAAAAAUGGAGGGAUUAUCAAAUGGGACAUUAUUAGAGAGAAUGAAGGAAGAGUGUGGUUCUAUGCUAUCCACAGCAAAUAGCUCAGUGGCUAGUUCAGCUUCCACUUCUCAGAGAAUUGAGCUUACUGAUUCAUCUUCUUUGUUGUUAAUACAACAAUCACACAAGGAGACAGUGUGUUAUGAAGAGAAUAAUGUAUGUUCAGGACGUUGUAAGGCCAUAGUAAGAAGAAUUAUGGAGCAAGUUCGAGCUGAGACCGAGCAAUGGUCUCAGAUGCAAGAGAUGUUGGGACAAGUAAGAGAAGAAAUGGAAGAGUUGCAGGCUUCUCGAGACUUUUGGGAAGAUCGAGCUCUUGAUUACGAUCACCAAAUGCAUUCACUCAAUUCAUCUGUUCAAGAAUGGAGGCAGAAGGCUAUCUCAUCCGAAAACAAGGCGAAUCAGCUCGAAGCCCAAAUGUAUUAUCUCCGAAAGGAGCUUGAGAGGUCGAAGAAGGAGCUCGAAAAAGUCCAUGACAGGAGAGACAAAGGGUCAUCGCCACUGAUCACCGUGGAUGGACAACAUGAAAUGGAGAAGAGGGUGUUGAUUUGUCGGUUGAAGGAGAAUAACCAUCAUUGGCAAAAAGAGGCUCCAACUUCAAGUGAUGGGAGAAGAAUUUCACAGAAAUGGAACAAUAAUGGAUUUGUUGCUUUAGAGAGGUCUCCUUUGAGGGAUAUUGGGAAUAAUUCAUGUGCCUCAGUCAAGCAGCAGAACCAUAGCAGAGUAAUCUUUCCCUUUGGUGCCAUCCAAAACAAGUAAAAACUAAGUUUGGACAGGUCUCAAUUUAGUACCAUCUGGGCUCCCCCUCUUUUACCUGUUUAGAAAACUUAGUAUAAGAACAAAGUGUAUCUGAGUUCUAGUCUCGAGAGCAAAAGAAACAUGAAAAAAAAAAAGAACUGAUAUGAAAUGCAGUUCAAAGCAAGUAUGAAUGUGCAGAGGUAUCUAGAAAUUUUGGAGUUAACAAAAUGUAGGUUUUGCUUAAUUGUUGGCUUACAUAUGUGAAUAUGAGAGCUAGCAUAGGAAGCAAAUUUACCAACUUACUAAUAUGCUAUAAUAAAAUGCUGCUCUAUAGUUCCAGCUCAAGAACAUUGUUGAUUAAAU